GUGCUUACAACAAAUAAUGGACGACGAACUGGAUAUCUAUGAUGAUUUGGAUGAUUUCCAAGAGGCCGAGAAUAAAAAAUCCAAAGAGUUGGAGGCCUGGCAAACCAAAUUUGAGGCCAUCCAGCUGGAAAUUGCUAAUUUGCAAGCGGAAAACAAGACGCUUGCCAAAAAGAUUAAAACAAUGGAGGUGAAUUUCCAGAAUCUACUCGAUACGGCCAAGGCCGAAAUCAAACGCAAAGAUGCACAAAUAACGCAGUUGCGCAAGGAAAAAGAUGAUAUUUGCUUUAGACGCAAGCGACCCGCGAAUCUUGAGCAGCAUAAGGCACAGCAGGCUGCGGGUGAGGUGGAUCGGCAGGAGCACAAACGCUUCAAACGUGAGGCGAUAGCGGCGCAAUUUAAAACAGAAAUUGCUUUGGACAACAACAAUGAAAACUGGUCCGGACAGAUAAAAGCUGAGAAUCAGAAGCGUUCCAGAAGCGAACAAAAUAAAACGCAGCCACAGGAUGCCUGCCAUGACAAGAAGAAGGAACACAAACAUGACAAUUUCUUUGGCAGCUCUAAUGAAGGAAGCCGCCAUCGCAGCUCACACGAUCGAGAUCGAGAUCGAGAACGAGAUCGGGAGCGAGAUAAAGUAAAAGACGCUGAACGCAGUCGACGUCGCAGUCAUAGUCGGGAUCGGGAGCGAGAUCGGGCGAAGAGUAGCAGUCACAGACAUCGAACAAACUCCAAAGAUUUGAAGAGAAGUCGACAUAGUCGCUCACGUUCCCGUUCCCGUUCUCAUUCACGUUCUGGCCACAAAAGUAGCCACAACAAAAGCAGCAAAGCCAAUCAAUCCCCUGAAAGCGCUGAAAAACAUCGAAAACAAACGACAAAAAACGAUAAGCGCCAUAAGGAAAAAGCCUUGAAUGCAAAUUUUGGCAGCACACCAGAGCAGUUGGAUGAACAGAGCAACAACAAUGCCGUCAAUGAAGAGGUAAUGCAAAAACUACUGGCUAAUAAGGAAGCGUUAACACCCCAAGAUCUGUAUACGCCAGCAAGUCAAAUAGAACAUAGGAAUCAACCAGAAGCAACUAGAAAUGCUUCAAAAACAGUCGAAGAAGUUGACAAAUAUUUUGUGAAAAACAAGAGAGCUUUUAAGCAGAAAGAAAUGGGUACUGAACUAAUUAAAAGUCUGGAUUAUAAAACUCAAUCAAUGGAAUAUAUACCAGGUCUAGAUUUAACAGCUGAAGAGGAGCAGAAAGCGAGUCCAAUGAAGACUGAGGCUGAAGAGAAGAUCAGAAUAGUAAUGGACGUAGAAAUCAGAGAACACAUUCCUGGACUGGAUUUAAUUGACGAAAGUGAAGCAAUAAAUGCCAACGAAGACAUAAUAACCAACGAUGAAGUGCCAGAAAGGGAUUUCAAUGCGGAAGAGGAAAUAGUUGGUGAAGUAGAAAAUACAGAAAUCAAUCUAAAUGGGGAAGGUGAAACAAUUCCAAUGGUGGAUGCUAAAAAUACAAAUGAAGCGAAGGUAAUAAAUGAUGCGAAUACAAAAGUCCUUGAACCCAAUACUGAAUUGAAUGUGAAUGUUGACGAAGAUGAUGAUAAUUCAUCAAGAAAUUAUGCAAAAGCCGAAGAACGCAUUCCAGGCCUCGAUUUAGCUAAAGAUGAUAUAAACUCCAAUGAACAGAUCAUAGAAGAGGUGGAUGCUGCAAAAAUAAAUGAACACAUUCCAUGCCUGGACUUAAAGAAAGAAGAGAAUUUAGAUAAUGAACAAGCUAAUAUAAGGGACCCGAAAUCCACUGAUAAAGAGUUGGAAGCGAUGACAACUGAGACUGAACAUGAAAGUAAAGAAGAUAAAAUCUCAAAUGAAAUAAGACACGAAGUGAAAGCUAAAGAAUUAGAUAAACAAGACUGUGAGCCAGCUGAGGCAAUAAAUGAAAAGGAAAUCACUGAAGCAAUUGUUAAUAAAUCAAUGGAAAGCGACAGAAAGCAAACUCAGUCAACAAGAGACGCCGAGAUCAAGGAAACAAAUGAUGGGAAGGAAAAAGCUGUGACAACAUGCGACUCCAAGACGUCUCUACGAAAAUCCUCGAAAAGAUUGGAUGAUUAUGUGUUGACUCCGAAGCUACCAAGGCGUUCCAUGAGAGGCAUACAAAUAAUUGAGGAUAUACGUUUGCCCGAUAUGAUGAAUAUCGAGCACAUUGCUGUCUCAGUCGAUGAGCACAAAACUAGCGAAGAACUGGAAGAAGUAUCGAAUGAUCAAGACUCCGAAGAGCAACAGGUCACAGUGGGCCAAAUUGUAACCGUUAAUAAAACAAUUGUGCCCGAAUUAACUGCAGACACACCCAUUGUUGUGUAUGUGCCACCAGAUUCCACAAAGCUUGAUCACAAUGAUGAUUACGAUGACGACGACGCUGUCCUCGAGGCAGUCAUGAAUGAAUUAAUUCUAGAGAAGCCAUUGCCAAAGGAAUUGCAACAAAGCUAUCCGAAUUUAAGCCUGGAAACGGAUACCAUUGAGCUAGCACUGGAGCAACUGCAUCAGUCCCACAACGACGAACAACCGGGCGAGACGACCGUUUCAUCCACAUCGAUGAAAGGGCUGCAAACGCCCAAACAGGAUCUCGUCAAGAUACUCACUCAAUCUCCACUCCAGCAGCCAGCUGUGGAAAAAUCUGGACGCAGUCCUACAAAAGUCAAGGUCAGGGUGAAAAGAGCCAAUUUACGUAGCCCCAGCAACGAGCGGAUAACGCCCAGCAGCGAUAAGGCGGAGAGCGGCGAGAAAACACCGCUAAAGAAACGUAAAAUUCAUCUAACUGAAGCAAAAGAGUUGCCGGUGCUGCAUGUGACCAUCGAUGAGACGACGACGAGCAUCAACGAGAGCAGCCUCAGCCAGAGCAGCGACACGUCCAUUGUGACCAAGCGCUGCUCCAUGGGCAACAGUGACUAUCAAUUUGAACGUAUUAAUGACGAGGUCGUCUUGCGUGUCACACGGCGACGACGACGACCUCGACCAGCUGGAGCAGGAGCAGGAGCAGGUCCACUUGGACUUGAGUAAACUACCACAAGUGUAUUACAUCAUCAGUAAGAUAUCUGGCUAUAUGCUUACUUAAGCUACGCAGAAUAUAUGUAUAUAUGAAGAGUAUACUUAUUAGUUUGUUUAACCUGUUUUACUAUGGAAAUUGUGAUUUUAGAUACUAACUAUCGUUGUA